AUGACUGUCACGAAACCAGAGCUUGCUGUCGGAUCUCUGACACGAUUUGUCAACACAUCAAUUGACAAUGGUUUGAUUGAAGAAGAUGGACGCACAGAGCCAGAAGCUCUCAAGGAGAGAGUACUAGAGUUAUUAAAUUACAGUAUUUUGAACAUUCCUGCCUAUGCUACUGCCGUAAAAGCUCUCAACGUACCAACAAUUCAAACAUGGUCAGACUUCAAAGAAUCCAUGCCAUUCUUGGACAAGAAGAAUUUCAUAAACGUAUACCCGCUGAAUGAAAGAUGCGUAAAUGGUGAUAUGAGUCGCUUCGAUUUCCUGCAUGUCUCAUCGGGAAGUGGUGGUGUGCCUACGCUAUGGGGACGAUUCAGUAACGAUGAGUUGGUGAUUGCUGCUCGAUUUGAGCAAAUCAUGCAUGAUUCAUUUCUCUGUCACAAGAGGAAAACACUCGCAAUGAUUUGUUUCCCUCUUGGUACUUGGGUCGGAGGUCUUUUCACCACGGUAUGCAUGCGAUAUCUUGCCAUGAAAGGGUAUCCGAUAACUCUGGUCUGUCCUGGAAAUGAUGUUGCCGAGAUACUGAGAGUCUCAAAGAUGCUAUGCCCCAUGUUUGAGCAAACAGUAGUACUCGGAUACCCUCCCUUCUGUAAAACAUUUAUCGAUGCAGGACGAGGGCAAGGCAUACCCUGGCAAUCAUAUAAUCUGAAGAUGGUUUUUGCUGGUGAAGUAUUCUCUGAAGAAUGGCGCAACCUGGUGGCUACACGAGCAGGCAUAAAAUCACCUAAAUCCGAUAUACACUCGAUAUACGGGACAGCUGAUGCAGGUGUGCUAGCAUGUGAAUCAGUACUAUCUACUCAUAUACGAGGAUGGCUGGCUUCGAAUCCAGCUAUAGCCAAAGAGUUAUUCCAAAGAGAUAGAUUACCAUCGCUCAUGCAAUAUGAUCCGUUUUGUCGGUUUAUGGAAAUGACACAUGAAAAUACCAUUGCUUUUACGACUGUGCCUCCGAAAGCUAGUACAGAGGAAGGUGGUUUGGAAGCUGUCAUUGCUCCAUUGAUACGAUAUAGCAUAGGCGACUCGGGGAACAUCAUGUCGUUUGAUGAUAUGAUCAAGUUUUGUAUGGAUCGAGGAUUUGAUGCGUUGAGGGCUGUUGGAUCCAUGUCUGCUGAUCUGCAGACAAUUCGGAAACUACCAUUCGUAUGGGUGUUUGGAAGAGCCUUCUGGACUGUUUCUCUAUACGGCGCCAACGUAUACGUUGACAAUGUCAUGGUUGGGCUCGAACAGUCAUCAGUAUCAGAUCACGUGACUGGUAAAUUCGUCUUGUAUGUAGCCAAAGACGCCAACGAGGAUUCUAUACUCGCGGUUAUAGUCGAACUUGCUCCUAAAGCCGUCGACUCGGAUACACUGAAAUCUGCAAUUGCAGCAUCGAUUCGUGACGAAUUGAUUAAGCUGAAUUCUGAAUAUGGCCAUUAUGUGCCGAAAGAAUAUCAGCUCCCAAUGGUGACGCUAUUGCCAUAUGGUGACCCGACGAGAUUCAAAAUUGGUGUCAAGCAUCAGUAUAUUCAAGAUGAUCUCAUGAAGUAG